GAAGAAGCAUAUUAUGAUUGUGAAGAAUCAAAAUAAAGUAUAGUUUGAAGAAUGCAGAGGAACAUUAAACAGACUGUCUCUCCUCAGCAGGGAAUUUUUAAUCCACAGACUCAAACAGAAACCAGAGAAAGAAAGAGAAGGACCUUCAACAUUUGGAGAAGAAGAAGCCCACUUUCCCCCAUUGUCUCUCUGGAUUAUACCCUUUUAGAAUAAUCUUUUCCAUAUCCCUAUAAUAAAUUCAAGCAACAGUCUGCAAAACAAGACACUAGAGAGAGGGGGAAAAAGAGGGGAAAGGAGAGAGAAUCAUCUCGCUCCUCCUUCUUCAUUCACCUUCCUCCAGACCAGACCAGACACAGGUGUCUGCCCUCCAUCACUUCUUGGUGCUCAAAACCCUAGCAAGAAAAUUCAAUAGUUGUACUGAAUGAAGAGUUGUUGUGAUUGUUCAUUUUGAGGAAGGUACCUGAAAAGUCUUCUUUAGCUAGCGGAAAUGAGUGCUACCACUGGCGUUCUCUUCUUCUUCUUCAUAUGGGUUUUGAGCUCUUCUCUGCCUGCUCCUACCAUGGCAACUUUCAGUUUCAAUCUCACUGUCCCUCAUCUUCUUCCAGAUCCUGAAGCUGUUGCUUAUGAAGUUCAGAGGACAGUGAACGAUUCUUUUUCCAGAAGGCAAAUGCUAUCCAUUCAUUCGAAAGGCCAAGCUAAUUCAUGUCAAACUGGGAACCCAAUCGACGAUUGCUGGCACUGCGACUCGAACUGGCAAGCCAAUCGCCAACGGCUCGCCGAUUGCGGCAUUGGAUUUGGGCGAGACGCCAUGGGAGGCAAAGGAGGUCAGAUCUACAUAGUGACAGAUUCCGUACAUUGCUCCGGGAGAUCCUAAUGCGAAAGAGGUGACGAAGCGCGUGGACACAAGUGCGGGGGAUUGGUCGGAGUGGAACUGGAGGACGGAGGGGGACGUAAUGGUAAAUGGAGCAUUUUUUGUGCCUUCAGGGGACGGACUGAGCAAUAUGUACGUAAAAGCGACGAGCGUGGCGCCCAAAUCCGCCGCCCUCGUCGACCAGCUCACUCUCAAUGCCGGCGUCUUCGGCGGCCCCAGGGAGAGUGGACAGAGCAGUUCAUAUCCCGGAGACGAAAGCUCCUCCAGUUCGAGGGCGAGUGGCAGCGAUGGCGGUGGGGACUACUUCGGGAUGAUAUUUGGCGGGGGCAACGUGAACAGUGCUCCAUCGCCACCAUCUCUUUCAGUUCACAUCAUGGUUCUAAUUCUGGUUACUAUUUUGGCUCUGUAUACUAACUCCAACUAUGAUGCUUUAUUAUCAUUCACAACAUUGUUAUUGUAGGAAUUGGAGAAUUAAAAAAAAGGAUAUAUCAAAAAGAAGAAAAAAAAUUGAUAUUUUAA